AUGACGGUAAACUCAUCUCAGAGUUCAUUCUUGGUGUUCAGUGCCUAUUUUGACAGCGGGCAUUUGAAAUAUUUAUUUUUUGUGAUCGUUAUGUCUUUAUAUUUUUUAAUCAUUACUGCCAAUGUCCUGCUGAUUGUGGUUAUCUGUGUGAACAGAAGCUUACAUGAACCUAUGUACAUGUUUCUGUGCAGCCUGUUUGUGAAUGAGCUGUAUGGUAGUACAGGGCUGUUUCCGUUCCUCCUGCUUCAGAUCCUCUCUGAUGUUCACACUGUUUCUGCUCCUCUCUGCUUCCUGCAGAUCUUCUGUGUGCACACAUAUGGAACUGCAGAGCUUGCUAACUUAGCCGUCAUGUCUUAUGACAGAUAUCUUGCAAUAUGUUUUCCUCUUCAAUAUCACACACGUAUGAGUCCAUGCAAGGUAUCCAUGCUCAUUGUUCUAACGUGGUUUUCCUCAUUUCUUGUAAUCACUGUUUUGAUUUCUCUGAGUGCUCCUCUGCAGCUGUGUGGGAACAUCAUUAACAAAGUGUACUGUGACAACUACUCCAUUGUUAAACUGGCCUGUUCUGACACCACAGUCAAUAACAUCUAUGGACUCAUUUCCUCUCCUCUCGUUAUCCUAUGCCCUGUAUCUCUGAUUCUCUACACCUACAUGAGGAUCCUUAAAAUCUGUUUUUCUGGAUCCAAACAGACCCGACAGAAAGCCGUCAGCACCUGCACGCCUCACCUCGCUUCUCUGCUCAACUUUUCUUUCGGCUGCUUUUUUGAAAUUCUGCAGAGCAGGUUUAACAUGAACAGUGUACCCAGCAUGCUGAGGAUAUUUUUAUCAUUAUACUUUCUAACAUGUCAACCUGUAUUCAACCCUUUAAUGUAUGGACUGACCCUGUCCAAAAUCUCUCUCACCUGCAAAAAACUACUCUGUGCUGACAUGUAA